GUUCUUGAUUUACAAAACAUUAUUGCUACAAAUUAGAUAAUUUGUUUUAGUGUAAACUUAACAUUCUUAUUAUUGUAAUGUAUACACCUUCUACUUUCAUGAAAAAUAUUUAGUUUAGUGAACAAAAACUAGAGCAAGAAAUCAGAGGUUCCGUCCUGUACAAAAUGCCCUUCAUAUAUCUGUAUAGAAAGAAAUCUAAUGGAAUGGAAUGGAACAUCAGAUUGCCCUCGAUCCUCACCUUGCUAUUCAUCGAUUGGGACGUUUUACAUUAAGAUAAGAAACAAAAAUAAUUUGCCUAUACGUGGUGCAAUGGAAUGCAAUCCAGUCCAAAUACAAGUGGAAUUCUCAAAAAUUAAUUUAGUAACUCAAAAAGUAUGGUACAAAGUAUCUUGGUUCACAUAUUUAUACAGUUUGGCAGCUGGUCUGUUGGUGACUUCGUUCGGUUUGAGUAUUGGUUGGAGCUCUCCUGUAUUGUCUAAGCUACAUUCCAACGAUACCAAUAUUAAUCCUUUGGGUGCGCAAAUAACAACUAUUGAAACAUCCCUAGUAGUUUCUCUUCCUUUAAUUGGUACCGCGGCUUCUUACUUAGUAUGGGCGAAGAUAGCAGAUACAUUAGGAAGGGCGAUAGCUUUAAGAUUGGUUGCUACAAUAUUGGUUUUUAGUUUAACAAUAACAGCAUUUACUACGAAUAUAUAUCUACUUUGCAUUACUUUGACAAUAACUGGUGCAAGUGCUAGUGGAGCUUUAUUAUGUGUUUCUAUUUAUAACAGUGAAAUAGCAGAAGAAAAUGAUAGAGGAAAGUUAGGUUGCUUAAUGGCAAUGCAAGUUCCUAUUGGACUUUUGGGUGCUUUUAUAUUCGGUUCGUUUUGUAGUGUGAGAGUAUUCACAUUGAUAUGCGCAAUACCUCCCAUUCUACAUUUAAUUUUCACUUGUUUCCUACCUGAAUCGCCCGUUUAUUUAGUUUCUAAAAAUAGAAUACCUGAAGCGAUUAUUUCUUUGCAAAAUUUGAGAAGAACAAAAACCGAUGAAGAUAUAGAAGAAGACGUUAAAAAGAUAAAAGAUGUUAUAAGAAAUACCGCUACGGCUAGAAAGAGAAAUAUUUUUGAUAUUUUCAGAAAUCGUGCCACGAAAAGAGGAUUUUUUCUCAGUCUUGAGGUAUUUUUAGUUGAACAAUUAUCUGGUAUAUCUAUAAUUCUAGCUUAUAUAAGUGUGAUUUUCAAUGAAGCUGGUACUGGUUUAUCCGGAGAUACUGUCGGUAUAAUAGUGGGAUUGGUUAAGAUGGUGACGUUUUUAGUCGCUACCAAUUUUAUCGAUAAAUAUGGAAGAAGAUUACUGCUUUUAAUUUCAUCAAUAUGUUGCAUGUUUCCCAUGUUGUUUCUAGGUAUUUAUUUCUACUUAAAAUCUAUAAACUCUUCUUUAGUCGAAAAUAUUCAUUGGGUAGCCGUUCUAUGUGUCAUUCUAUAUGUUAUUAUGUACGCUAUAGGUCUUGGAAAUGUACCUAUGGCUUUUGUUGGAGAAAUUUUUCCAGACGAUUUAAGGGCGCAAGGUAUAGCUUGUACUUUGAUUUUCGACGAAUUGCUCGUAUCUUUAAUAACUUUUAGUUUUCCAUUGCUCUCCGAAAGUAUUGGAACACAUUGGUGUUUUUUUAUAUGCAGUAUUUCCUCUUUUUUGGGAUUCAUAUGUUUAUAUCUAACCAUACCAGAAACUAAGGGCAAAACUUUCUCCGAAAUUCAGAAAAUUUUACAAGGCUGCAAUUAAGUAUUUUUAUUACUGCCACUAAAAGUUAGAUACGAUUGUUGUUAAGGUCGAUUAUAAAAUCAUGGCCGCUAAAUGAUUAGAAAUGUUUUGUUCCUUCCAUGAAACUACUAGUUAUAGAUAAGAACUCGAUCUUAAAAAUUAUCAAAUAAUAGUAGGAAGGUUAUUGUUUCUUGGUUACCGGUUCGUAAGCUAGAUGGCCGUUCAUCUACCGCGUGCACUGUUUUUAAUACCCUAAAAGCAUUCAAAGACAUAGGAACUCCCUGAAAUACAGUUGACAAUUCGCUUACUGUCAAACAUCACGUUCCUGGCGUUUAAAGGACAAAGGAAUUUCAUUUUUGCCAUCGACCAAUAGUCACGUUAUACUAAUGUUUAUUUUAAUUUGGGAUUUUUUUCUAUACAGAGCGUUGAUGAAUUAUUCAUUUUUUUUACUAGCAAUUCAAUUUAGAUAAAAAUCUGUAGGUUUUGUUUGACAUUACUUUAGUCACGAUGACGUUACCUUUGAUUUUUUAAUUAAAUUAUGAAUCAGGAUAGUAUCAUACUUAACUGAGUAAUGCUUAUAUUUAUAUAUCUUGAGGGCUACCCCAUUAGUUCUCGUUUCAAAAUCUACCUGUAAUGAAAACACUGGUUUUAAAAACUCACUUAAUUCGGGGAUAGAUCAUCCUGUUGUAUUUGGAUAUUAUCAUCCGAUAAGUUAGAAUUGUUGGCAUUUGAAAAUAUAUCGGAGUAACUAGAACAACUAACCUAUAAUUGUGUCAUUGUUUAAUCGUACCUAAACACCGAUCAAUUUCAUGUGACCUUCAAUCAUCUAAUGAGUAUUAUCCUUACUCAAGUAUCUGCAAUUUUGACCAUUCACUGCAGAUGUGAAGCAUUAGAAAACAUAGUUUGUUUAAAGAAAUGGAUUACGGUUAGAUAAAUCCUACAAAAUAUCACGAAACUGCACACGUCAAUCGGCAUCGACUUCUUGACGUAAUUAAAUUGUGUACGGUAGGUAGGUACUUUUUGCUUUAGAAAACGUUGACUGUUGAAAUAUGCUUGUUCCGCAGCAAUUUGGCUUGCAGUAUUAUAAGGUUUACUCUUAACGGCUAAUAAAACAUCAAAUUUCAUUUUUAAUACCCUAGGAUGACCAGCAUCUUCAAUAUCUUAAAAGUGAACCGUUUUUCUAAUGUUUUUAUCAAUUCCACUGUUGAUCCGCUGAUAGGUCUAACUAGCUUUAAACUAAUUGCGUUUUCAUUUGAUCCUAUAAAACUUGAAAUUUUUAUGCGUUGAACUUACCUAAAGUACCCAUUUUUUAUACUAGCAAAUUGAUUUUUGACUAUGAAUUGCUGUUAUAGUUCAGUAUAUUUCUGUAGCUUUAUUACUAUAUAUUUCUUAACUGUACAAAUAUAUCGUGGUAGUUGAAAAUUUUUAGUCUAGUCCUUCAUUCAAAAACCUAAUUCUUGACUAAUAAAUGAAACAUAAAGGAUUAUAUUUUUAAGAUUAUGUACUUAUUUUACUGUGUUCUCAGCGUUGAUAGAGAAAUAUUUAUUUGUAAAUAAAAAAAUUUUCUUUUAUACAUUUUAUAAGCAAAAAAUAAAUGAUUUCUGCUGUAUAAA